UCAUCUCCCAUUGUGUCUUACUGUCUGUCUUAUCAAACACCACACCACACAGAGGCCAUGUCUUCUCCUUCUUCUUCUCUUCUAAUCUUUGCCGUCGCUGCUUGCUUCCUCUCUCUGAUCUCUCCGGCAAUUUCACAGACUUCCUGCUCCACACAGAAGCUUAGCUCCGCCGCGUCCUUCGAUUCUUGCCAGGACCUUCCCGUCCUUGAUUCCUACCUCCAUUACUCCUACAAUGCCUCGAACUCAUCUCUCUCCGUCGCCUUCGUCGCUACACCAUCUGAGACCAACGGCUGGGUCGCUUGGGCUAUCAAUCCCACGGGGUCUAACAUGUCCGGUUCUCAGGCCUUCCUCGCUUACAGAUCUGGAGCCGGUGCUGCUCCCGUCGUGAAGACGUACAACAUCAGCGGCUACAGCAGUCUCGUCGAAGGCAAACUCGCCUUCGAUUUCUGGAAUCUACGCGCCGAGUCCUUGAGCGGCGGUAAGAUCGCUAUUUACACGACGGUUAAGGUUCCGGCGGGAGCUGAUAGUGUGAAUCAGGUGUGGCAGCUCGGUGGGAAUGUUACCAACGGACGUCCUGGAGUACACCCUUUCGGUAAAGAUAAUCUCAGCUCACACCGUGUCCUGAGAUUUACCGCCGAUGCACCCGGCUCUGCUCCGUCGCCGGCCACCGGUGGCUCAACUACUAAAGGAGGUCCAGGGAACGCAGGGUCUUUGACGACAAAAGUAAAUUUUGGGGUCAAUUUGGGAAUUAUCGUUUUGUUGGCUAGUAUUUUUAUUCUCUGAACAUGAUCUUUUUUUUUGUGUACGCAUAAUAAUGGAGGUAGCCCCAUACUUUUUACUAUUUUAGUCGUAGAGUCAUUUACUUUUUUUCA